AUGGAACCGCAGACUGGCCCUUCGGCCUUCGCCACUUCUUCCAUCCACAAGCGCAAACACCUGUCCGAGGAUCACUCGCCUCCAUUCCACCCUUCUUGCGACUCUUCGAUGCACAACUUCACCGGUUCUGUCAACAGUUUGGCCACUACUUCCGGUUCUGUCCCCGACUUUGUGGUUAAGGACGAAGCCGCAACAAAUAUAUUCACUGAAAACUUGCAGAUAAGAGGUGGUUACAGUGCCAGGGAAGAGAGUCUUAAGAAAGAGGAAGAAUCUGGAUUACUCAAAUUUGUAUGCGUGUGCAAUGAUGGUGUUGAUGACCAUAUGGUUUCGUUGAUAGCAUUAAAGAAUAUAUUUGCCAGACAACUUCCCAAUAUGCCAAAGGAGUACAUUGUCCGACUUAUUAUGGAUAGGAACCAUAAGUCUAUAAUGGUUAUAAGGGAGCCUAAUCGCGUUGUUGGAGGCGUUACAUAUCGUCCAUAUGCAAAUCAGAGGUUCGCUGAGAUAGCCUUUUGUGCAAUUAGUGAUGAUCGACAAGUAAAAGGUUAUGGUACCAGAUUGAUGAAUCACUUGAAACAGUAUGCACGUGAUGUAGAUGGACUGACACAUUUUCUCACGUAUGCUGAUAAUAAUGCUAUUGGCUAUUUCAUCAAACAAGGUUUUACAAAAGAGAUUCACUUGGAGAAAGAUCGAUGGGAAGGUUAUAUAAAGGAUUAUGAUGGGGGAACUCUCAUGGAAUGUAAGCUUGAUCCAAAGAUUCCUUAUACUGAUUUAACAACUAUGAUCCGUCGGCAAAGACAGGCACUAUUUGAAAAGAUUAGAGAACUAUCAAACUGUCACAAUAUUGUUUAUGCUGGAAUUGAUUUUCAGAAGAGAUCAGAAGAUGGAGUUAUUCCUAAUAGAAUUGUUGAUGACAUCCCUGGUUUGAAAGAGGCUAAAUGGACUCCUGAUAUGUACGGUCACUCGCGGUUUAGAGCUUUAGAUGGUUCUACUGACCAUGCUACAAACCUAAAACAUUUAACUGAGUUUAUGCGGUCAAUUCUAAAGGAAAUGCAUGAUCACCCUGAUGCUUGGCCAUUUAAGGAGCCUGUUGAUGCACUGAGUGUUCCUGGUUAUUAUGAAAUCAUCAAGAAUCCGAUGGAUCUAAAGACAAUGAGUGAGAGGCUGGAGUCAGAACAAUAUUACGUCACAUUUGAGAUGUUUCUCGCGGAUGCCAGAAGAAUGUUUGAGAAUGCACGAACCUAUAAUCCUCCAAAAACCAUAUAUUACAAAUGUGCUACAAGACUAGAAGCACACUUUCAAAGCAAAGUGACAACACUCCUACAGUCUGGCUUCAAAAUUCAGUAG